ACCCUGAAAAAGUAAUGUACUCAACUUUAGAAGAUUCUUAUGAUGCAUGGAUUGAUGCAGAUAAAGGACAAAAGGAAAGAAUAAGAAUAUAUGAUCUCAAGGGACUGGAUUAUGUCAGUCCUAACUUGCCUUCACAUUAUAUACAGAUAGUUGAUGGUGUUAUGCUGGUGUUUAGCAUAACUUCAAAAAAAAGUUUCACAUUGAUUGAACAACUUAAAAGUGAUAUUGAAAAAGUUAGAGGAAAAGAUUUUCCAAUAGUUAUUGUUGGAAAUAAAGUUGAUCUUUCAGAUUCACGCGAAUGUGAUCAUGCAGUUAUAAAUAAAUGGGCUAACAAAGAGAAAGUAAAACUUUUUGAAGUACUGCCUAUGAAUCGGAAUACAUUACAAGAGCCAAUCACUUUUCUAAUGAAAAAAAUUGCUUCUGGUUACGGGAAAGUUAAACCAGAUGUAAAACUCAUGUUUCGAAGAACUGGCGGUAAAAAUUCGGUCAAAGAUGCUGAUGCUUGAAUCAAUUAUGGUGUUUGGAUGGAUUUGUUAAUGGUACAAAAUUUGCUUUCAAAACUUCAUGAAAUGGUUGCUUUGUUCAUAAAAUAAUGUCCCGUUAAUGCAUAUGUUGUUGACAAAGAAGACUCCAAAUCCAAAUUAAAUUGUUAACUUAAAUGUCUGAAAUAUGACGUUUUUUGUUUUAUUUACUAACAUGGCAAUCUAAAGUUACAAUAGCAAUUUAUUUUUAAAGAAACAUCUUUUUACUGAAAAGCCUAUUUUUAUAGUUAUUAAGUAAAGAAAAAUAACGAUUUUUAUUUAUCUAUUGUUUACUAUUUUUCUAUUAUUUGUUUAAUUUGCGAAAUCAUCAUAUAAUAUAAAAUGUUAUAUUUAUAGCUUUCUACGUCAUUGUGUAGGUCGAGUUCGCUUUAUUAUGAGUGCGUUUGUUUCUUUAUCACUUUGAAUUAAAAGUCGUAUUCAAUUGUUUCUAACAUUUUUCGUUUAUUGAAAUUUUGAAAAAAAUAGUUCUAAAACGUAAA